CAAACAUAAAACCCCUAAAGACAAUACCUGAAAUGACAAAUUUUGAAAUGCCUAUUUUCACACCUGGCAAGGCAAAUAUUACCAAAUCAGAUGUUGGUCAUUUGUCCAGAUUAGUAAAAUCAACAUGUCCAUCUGCAGAAAUCAAAGGAAAAUCUCCGAAGAAAUCCAAGAAACUAAAGAGAAAACCUACCCUUGAAGUUUCAAUUGCUGUGGGGGAGAGGUAUGUGUACGACGUUGCCUGUGCUUCAGAAUCUUCUGUAUGGAUGUGUGGAGCAGGUCUCAUUUACUACGACAACAACGUACGGCUGCUGGAGAAAGACGGGAAUAACACAGAGACUUUAGAAUGUCCGAUGAAUCCAAAAUAUGUUGCCUUGAAGUCACCAACGUGUGUUCUAUUUAGUGACCAUACUGACAACACUGUCAAACUCUGGUCACGAGAAGUACAGAAGGUUUUGAUCACGACCGAGGACUGGACCCCAAAAGGACUGGUGGUCACGUUAUCUAAUGACGUCAUCGUCUGCCAGUAUAAGAAAACUGAGGCGGCUGUGUCAACUGCAGCGUUGUCAAGAGUCGUGAGAUACGAUGACAAAGGCUCGGUGAUUCGAAAAAUGGAAUUCAAUGGAGAUAAACGAAUAUUUCGAAAUGCUAUCUUCAUUGCAGAAAACAGAAACUUUGAUAUUUGUGUAUCUGAUGAAGAAAAACAUUCUGUUGUCGUUAUGGACAAACUGGGCAAAAUGCAGUUUGUCUACAAAGGCAACAUCAAAUCAGGCAAGUAUCAAAGUUUUAACCCAAGGGGCAUCAGCACGGACAGUCAAUGCAAUAUCCUGGUUUCGGACUAUUUGAACUAUACGAUCCACGUCAUUGAUCAGCAAGGGAAGUUCCUUAGCUACUUGCUGAGAAGGGAAGUGAAGUUUCCAUUGGGUCUCUCUGUCGACAAAAACGAUAAAGUUUGGGUUGGCGAAUAUUCAAAUGGAACAAUAAGUGUCAUCGAAUAUUUGUCGUAGAGAAG